CGCGUGCCCGGGGCGGGUGGGAAGAACCUGCCGCCAUCUUGCUCACCAACCUCCAAAAUGCGGCUGCGGCUCCUGAGCGUGGCGCUGUUGUUUGUGGGGAGCUCUCACUUACACUCAGACCACAACUCGCCCCCCGGAAGGCACAGCCUUGGCCCCUCGCUGGAACGGGCCGCUGGUUCCCAGCAGACGGAGGCCGCCCGCAAGAGGCUCGGGCGGCGGAGACAGGGAGGGGCGCAUGCAAAGGGCAGUACCUGUUCGCGCUUGUCUCUGGGGGGCCUCUCUUACCUUUUCCCCACGGAUUGUGGAACAGCACCGCUUAAGGAUGUGUUGCAAGGGUCUCGGAUUAUAGGGGGCACAGAAGCUCAAGCUGGUGCAUGGCCAUGGGUGGUGAGCCUGCAGAUUAAAUAUGAUCAUACUCUUGCUCAUAUAUGUGGGGGAACCCUAGUGAGAGAGAGGUGGGUCCUCACAGCUGCCCACUGCACUAAAGACGCUAGCGAUCCUUUAAUGUGGAGAGCUGUGAUUGGAACUAAUAAUAUACAUGGGCACCAUCCUUAUACCAAGAAGAUAAAAAUUAAAGCAAUCAUUGUUCAUCCAAACUUCAUUUUGGAAUCUUAUGUAAAUGAUAUUGCACUUUUUCACUUAAAAAAAGCAGUGAGGUAUAAUGACUAUAUUCAGCCUAUUUGCCUACCUUUUGAUGUUUUCCAAAUCCUGGACGGAAACACAAAGUGUUUUAUAAGUGGCUGGGGAAGAACAAAAGAAGAAGGUAACGUUACCAAUAUUUUACAAGACGCAGAAGUGCAUUAUAUUUCUCGAGAGAUGUGUAAUUCUGAGAGGAGUUAUGGGGGAAUAAUUCCCAACACUUCAUUUUGUGCAGGUGACGAAGAUGGAGCUUUUGAUACUUGCAGGGGUGACAGUGGUGGACCAUUAAUGUGCUACUUACCAGAAUAUAAAAGAUUUUUUGUAAUGGGAAUUACCAGUUACGGACAUGGCUGUGGUCGAAGAGGUUUUCCUGGUAUCUAUAUUGGGCCAUACUUCUACCAAAAGUGGCUGACAGAGCACUUCUUCCAUGCAAGCACUCAAGGCAUACUUACUAUAAAUAUUUCACAUGGCCAGAUUCUUAUAGCUUUAUGUUUUGUCAUCUUACUAGCAACAACAUAAAGACAUUCUGAAGGCUUUCAUAUCUUUAUUUUGCAUUGUGUCCCUUUCUAUGUUCUGCAUAAUGAAAAUCAUUUAUUCUUCUAGCAAUUAAUUGCCUACAUAGAGUUCUCAUGUCAACAUUUUAUGGGCUAUAACUAUUGUGACAGAUAUACCACUGUAAUUUUGGCACUGAAUCACAUGCUUCCUUGAAAUAUCUUGAUUGUUUUAUUUUAUAAUCAUAAUUCUGUAUCUGGAAUACUCAUAGAGUUUGUACAAAAUAUUCAGUUAAACAUAUAUUUUAUGUGUAUAAAUGCCAAAUAAUAGUUUAUAAUUAAAAUGAAAGCUUAUUUGGUUAAUCAAAAUUCUUUCCUUCUUAGAUUUUA